ACAGCGGGAGCGCGGGAGUGAGGGCUGUCGAGGAUAGGCCAUGACUCCUUGAGAUCUGCGCGGAGAAGGCUGUGCCGUGACUCACACACAAGUAGUCUUACUGACGUGUCUGCCUGCUGGAUGCCAUAGACCCCCCCAUCCCAGAUCACUGGUUAAAGAUCCAUCAAGAGGACUUUUAGGGACUGCUCUGUGUACUAAAGGGGAUCAACUCCCUGGGGAGAACUGGUCCCACACGAAGAUACAAUAACAUGUUUUGGCGCCGUGGGAGCUGUCACCAUCAACUGUAAUGAACUUUCAAGUGAGGCUCUUAGCUAGCUGUGGAGUCAGGAUGCUGCCUCAGCCCUGGCGUCUCUUCUCUCGGGCUGCAGAGGAUAUGACGUUGCAAAGGAUCCGGAAAGUCCUGUGUGUGGCUGAGAAGAAUGAUGCUGCCAGAGGAAUUGCAGAUCUUCUCUCCAACAGCAAAAUGCGACGGAGAGAAGGGUUUUCCAAGUUCAAUAAGAUCUAUGAGUAUGACUACCAGAUGUUUGGCCAGAAUGUUACUAUGGUGAUGACAUCUGUGUCAGGACAUUUACUGGCUCAUGAUUUUAAGAUGCCUUUUCGCAAAUGGCAUAGCUGCAACCCCCUAGCACUUUUUGAUGCUGAAAUCGAGAAGUAUUGUCCUGAAAAUUAUGUGGAUAUUAAGAGAACCCUCGAACGAGAAGUCCAGCAAUGCCAAGCUCUGGUGAUCUGGACUGAUUGUGAUCGAGAAGGAGAGAACAUUGGUUUUGAAAUAAUUCACGUUUGCAAAGCUGUAAAACCAAACCUCCAGGUUUUCCGAGCUCGUUUUUCAGAGAUUACGCUUCAUGCUGUCAGAUCAGCCUGUGAGAAUCUCACCCAGCCAGAUCAAAAAACUAGUGACGCUGUUGAUGUCAGGCAGGAGCUGGACCUCAGGAUAGGUGCUGCCUUCACCAGAUUCCAGACACUGAGGCUCCGGAAAAUUUUCCCUGAUGUUCUAGCAGAUCAACUGAUCAGCUAUGGUAGCUGCCAGUUCCCAACACUGGGGUUUGUAGUUGAACGCUUUAAAGCCAUCCAGGCCUUUGUUCCUGAAGCUUUCUAUAAAAUCAAAGUGACACAUGAACAUGAGGACAGCACUGUAGUCUUCAACUGGAAGAGGAAUCGACUCUUUAAUCACACAGCAUGUCUGGUGCUUUACCACAUGUGUAUGGAGAAUCCUGUAGCAACUGUUGUUGAGGUUGCAAGCAAGCCAAAGAGCAAAUGGAGACCUCUACCCCUGGACACUGUGGAACUUGAGAAGUUGGCUUCCCGUAAACUGAAAAUAAAUGCCAAAGAAACCAUGAGAAUAGCAGAAAAACUCUACACUCAAGGGUUCAUAAGCUAUCCUCGAACUGAGACCAACAUUUUCCCCAAGGAGCUGAACCUCUCUGCCUUGGUACAACAGCAGACACAGGACCCAAAUUGGGGAGCGUUUGCACAGAGGAUUUUGGACCAGGGUGGGCCAACCCCUCGGAGUGGAACCAAAUCAGAUCAGGCUCACCCUCCCAUUCAUCCCACAAAAUACACUGCUAACCUGCAGGGGAAUGAGCAGAGACUAUAUGAAUUCAUUGUGCGCCAUUUUUUGGCUUGCUGCUCUCAAGAUGCCAAGGGACAGGAAACAACUGUGGAGAUUGACAUCGCUAAAGAGCGAUUCAUCGCUCAAGGACUAAUGAUCUUGGCCCGAAACUAUCUGGAAGUCUAUCCUUAUGAGAAGUGGAGCGAUAAGGUUAUCCCAAUAUAUCAGAAAGGGUCUCGCUUUCAGCCCACCACAGUGGAGAUGGUGGAUGGGGAAACCAGCCCUCCAUCGCUCCUCACCGAAGCAGAUCUCAUUGCACUCAUGGAGAAACACGGCAUUGGGACUGAUGCCACUCAUGCUGAGCACAUUGAGACCAUUAAGCUGCGGAUGUACGUGGGCCUUACGGCAGAUCAGAGGUUCCUUCCAGGCCACCUGGGCAUGGGGCUGGUUGAAGGCUAUGAUUCUAUGGGCUAUGAGAUGUCCAAGCCUGACCUUCGAGCUGAGCUAGAGGCUGAUCUGAAGCAGAUCUGUGAGGGGAAGAAAGACAAACUUGCAGUGUUGCAGCAGCAGGUACAGAAGUACAAGCAAGUCUUCAUCGAGGCUGUGGCUAGAGCCAACAAAUUGGAUCAAGCUCUGGCUCAGUAUUUUGGACAAGCCACGGAAAUCGCAGAGCAAGAGGAAGUCUACCCAGCAAUGCCAGUUUCCAUUCGGAAGUGCCCACAGUGCAACAAUGAUAUGGUCCUGAAGACCAGGAAGAAUGGCGGGUUCUAUCUCAGCUGCAUGGGCUAUCCAGCUUGUAAAACUGCAGUCUGGUUUCCUGACUUUGUGCUGGAUGUAGCCAAGGAUGAGAGUGUCUGCGCUGUGUGCAAACCCCAUCCAGUUCAUAGGCUGAAAUUUAAAUUCAAGAGAGGCAGUGUCCCACCCAUGAUGCCCCUGGAGUUUGUUGGCUGUAUUGGAGGCUGCGAUGAGAUGCUAAGAGAGCUCUUGGACCUGAAAUACUUGCACAGGUCAUCCCAACCGGUGUGCUCAGCCAGCCAGCAAGCUAAUCACUUGCAGGCCAACCACUCCUUUAACAGAGGGGCUGGUGGUGAAAACAGGCAGGUGAGGAGGACCACAAACCUGGCAUCAGGACGCCUACUACCGUUGGGUUCAACAAGAGAAACCAGGCCUGCUCCUUCUGCAGCUCCCGGUGAUGGAAACAACGCAGUGAUGUGCAACUGUGGGAACGAAGCAGUGCUGCUAACUGUGCGCAAAGAAGGGCCCAAUAAAGGCAGGCAGUUUUACAAAUGCAGUGCCAGUACCUGCAACUUUUUCCUCUGGGCUGAUCAGCAGUCAGAGGACAGAGGCAACACAGCUCUGCCAAGCUCUGUGCCAUCCCAGCCUUUUGGGGGAAGGGGCCAAACAGGCUUUCAGAACCCAGGAGGAGGAGAAGGAAGAGGCCUGGAGCUCUUUGGAAGCAACAGCUCCAAUUCAGGAGGUGGAGGCAGCACAGUCUGCAAGUGUGAUCAGCCAGCAAUCACACGCACCGUCCAAAAGGACGGGCCUAACAAAGGACGGCAGUUUCACACCUGCUCUAAACCCAGAGAUCAGCAGUGUGGCUUCUUCCAGUGGGCAGAUGAAAACAUGGUACCAGGAGCUUUUGGAGAUUCUUUGAACCACUUUGGGAGCAGUGGAUACUCAAGAGAAUUGGGAAGUAAAGCUAAGAGACCAAGCAAUCUCUCCUCAGCAGCCACUGCCAAGAAACCACGGACCUGUAGCAUUUGCCACCAGCCUGGCCACACCAGGAAAACUUGCCCUCAAGACCACUGAGCCCCAGAUGGACAUCUCUUGAGAAUCUGAAAGAUCCAGGAUUGCAAACUGCUGUGGCAGCAAUUGCUACUGAAAGGAACUAGUUUAUAAGCUGGUCUGUGUUGAGUGCUUUCUGGAAAGGCUAGUAGUUGUCUGCUCCUGCCAAGGGAUAGCAUGCACUACAAGCCUGGGCAGCAAGAGUCAAACUGUCUUUGAAAGGUGGCUUCAUUACCUGGAUCAGCCUGUAAUUUCAGUUGCUCUUCCACUGAGUUGAUCAGGAUACUCUAAACAUUACAAGGAAGCAUUUGGAAACAGCGUGGGCCUGUAGGGAAAACGGCGCUGGAUCUGCCUGCAGCUCCCACUGUGGUGGUUGCUUCAUGCAGCCUGUCUACAUGAGCAAGAGCUGGUUCUUAGCCACUGGGACAGCCACCAGGGCUGCUUGGCUCUUCUCAAUCCCUGGCUUUCCACAGUGUGGAAUUUUAUUACAAGUUGUCCUUCUAAGUCGAGGUUAUCUGAGAAACAUUCCCCUUUUUUUCUUGUCAUAGUCCAGUACCUUCCUUACCUUGGUUGUCGCUGCCUGAGAAGGAGAGACAGGUGCAGAGAAGACAGAUCUGGUGCUUGCCCUGAAAGGAAGGCUCAGCUGAAGUGCUCAGAAAGAGCCUCCUUUUUAGGCAGCUCCUGAAUUUGAAACUUAAGUUCUUCCUCAAGGAUUGAGGUAUGCCUAUAUGAUGCUGCUAGUUAAUGGAUGUUAUUUUGAUCGAACUAAUAAGGUUAUUAUUAAAAGAUGAUUUUAAGUUUGUUACAGUGAA